CAAGCUCAAUUGAACAAUCUACCUCGAUAUCACUUCACGCGCAAAUUCUGAAAUCCCUUUUCACAUACACGCAUGGUCUAGAUAGAUAUAAAUUAUCAAAAAAUGUCGAAAAUACCAACAAUCAUAGGCGACAAUUAUACUGUCCUUCCCGUCGCAAUUCCUUCUACACCCGCAUACCCCGUCACAUCAACACACCAUAUAUAUCUGCGACAACAUGCUCCAAAGAUACCGACCGAGAAUGAUUCGCGGAGUCUAUUUGCAACAAAUUUACCUAUCGAUUCAACAGAUGUACAUAUUCGAAGCAUAUUUGCAGCUUUAAUAGGAGUAGGAAGAGUUGAAGGUGUACGAUUCGAUGGAGAAAAGGAAGAGAUCACUGAACAGCAACAAAUCGAAGCAGUUUCGCAGAGCAAGAAAAGGAAAAGAGGAAGCAAUAUCCAAAUUGAUACUAGUUUACCACAAGGAUGGGAUAGGCAAUUGCGCCUUAAGGGACGAACAGCUGUGGUUCUACUUGUAGAUGAAAAGAGCGUAGAGUUAGUUCUAAAAGCUGCACGAAAAACUUGCAAAUCCGGAAAAGAAUCAAAAUAUCCGGUUUGGGGAGCAGGUACCGAGGGCAAAGUGCCCGCUCUUGGUAGCGCGCGUUAUGCUAAGAGGCAGGAAUUACGAUUCCCUGACAAAUUAGCGGUACAAAGAAGUGUGGAUGCUUUUAUGACGAAUUUUAAUAGCAAGGAAGAGGAAAGGGAGAGAGAAAGGAAGAGAUUGAGGAAUGUACCGGAUGAGGAUGGAUUUGUGACGGUAGUGAGGGGUGGAAGGACGGGUCCAGCGAGAAGUGAAGCGGCGGAAGAAAAGAGGAGAGAGAUGGCUGAGAAAGAGGAGAAGAGGAGAAAGGAGUUGGAGGACGCAGGGUUCUAUAGGUGGCAAGGACGAGAAAAGCGAAAGAAGGAGGUUGGAGAGCUGGUUAAGAGGUUUGAGGAGGAUAGAAAGAGGGUGGAGGGUAUGAGAGAGAAAAGAGGAAGGUUCAGACCCGAGAGAUAAUGAAGUUUGAGAUUUCAAUAACACCACCUUGGACUGGAGAUCAAAGAAUUCUGCUCAUGAGGUAUGUGACAUAAUCUUUUUACUGGUCAAUUUUCAUCUCCUGUUUUCGUGAUGACACCGCGGGGCCAUAAAAGCAUGUUCUUCCAUCGGGCCAAUUCCUGAUGGCUUGGAACAUGCAAUGACUACAAAAACCGCAAUAAAAAAAUCUUCUCAAUAUUGUCUGAUAAAUCGCACAUAAUUACAAUUAUCCACAUAUCACUCUACUCGACUUGAUCAGUUUUACUAACUCCAUAGCUCGAACAUAGGCUCAUUCUCAGGUAUGCCUUGAUCAUCGAAUUGAGGAAUCUCACACGUCCGAUCUCACCUGAAUCACCAAGCCUUUCCAUACACGCUUUAGACAAAGCAUUUGUUGGCUAUAUAUAUACAUAUAUAAUCCCACAAUUAGCAACAACAUAAUUAGUCCUAGCUUAAGACCAUACCAUACAUGACUUCAGUUCACUACCUACCUACCUAGGUACCUAAAUAAAAUCUCAAAAAAUUUACCCAAAAA